ACUCGUUUCCGGCGGAGGGAUCCAGGCGGGCUACGAGGGCUACCCAUCUUGGCUCCUCUCGGGGAGGGGCGGGGGGAGGCGGCUCUGUAGCCGGCACCAUGGACGAGGCCUACGACGUGAUCGUGCUGGGCACCGGUUUGAUCGAAUGUAUCCUUUCGGGUAUCAUGUCUGUGAAUGGCAAGAAGGUGCUGCAUAUGGACCGGAAUCCAUAUUAUGGGGGUGAGAGCUCAUCAAUUACUCCCCUGGAGGAGCUUUACAAACGCUUCGAAAUUACAGAGGGGCCGUCUGAAUGCAUGGGCCGUGGCAGGGACUGGAAUGUUGAUCUUAUCCCCAAAUUCCUCAUGGCCAAUGGCCAGCUUGUGAAGAUGUUGCUGUAUACAGAGGUGACACGCUACCUUGAUUUCAAAGUGGUGGAGGGCAGCUUUGUCUACAAGGCAGGAAAGAUUUACAAAAUGCCAUCGACAGAGUCAGAAGCACUAGCUUCCAAUCUCAUGGGCAUGUUUGAGAAACGACGCUUCCGCAAGUUCUUGGUGUUUGUGGCAAACUUUGAUGAGAAUGAUUCAAAGACCUUGGAGGGAGUGGAUCCUCACGUCACUACCAUGCGCGAAGUCUACCGACGCUUUGACCUUAGUCAGGAUGUCAUUGAUUUCACAGGACAUGCACUGGCUCUCUACCGCACUGAUGAUUAUUUGGAUCAACCUUGCUUGGAAACCAUCAAUCGCAUAAAACUGUACAGUGAAUCCCUGGCCCGUUAUGGGAAGAGCCCCUAUCUCUACCCACUGUAUGGCCUGGGUGAGCUUCCCCAGGGCUUUGCCAGGCUCAGCGCUAUCUAUGGUGGCACCUACAUGCUCAACAAACCAGUGGAUGAGAUUGUCAUGGAAGGUGGCAAGGUCAUUGGAGUCAAAUCGGAAGGAGAGGUGGCACGCUGCAAACAGUUGAUCUGUGAUCCCAGCUAUGUGAAAGAUCGAGUGCGCCCAGCAGGGAAGGUUGUGCGCGUCAUCUGUAUUCUGAGCCACCCUAUCCGUGGCACCAGUGAUGCUAAUUCCUGUCAAAUCAUCAUUCCCCAAAAUCAAGUGGGACGCAAAUCUGAUAUCUAUGUCUGCCUCAUUUCCUCUGCCCACAAUGUGGCUGCCCAGGGCAAGUACAUCGCUAUUGCCAGUACUACUGUAGAGACAGAUUCUCCUGAGAAUGAAGUGCAGCCAGCUCUUGAACUCCUUGAACCUAUUGACCAAAAGUUUGUGGCCAUCAGUGAUAUAUAUGAACCCACUGAUGAUGGAACUGAAAGCCAGAUAUUCUGUUCACGAUCGUAUGAUGCCACAACCCACUUUGAGACAACAUGUGAUGACAUCAAAGACAUUUACCGGCGCAUGGCUGGGGCUCCAUUUGAUUUUGAAAGCAUGAAACGGCGCCAGAAUGAUGUCUUUGGCGAGAAUGAGCAGUGACCAUUUCCUUCUUCCCCUGAACCCCAUCCUCCCUGGGUUUUUCCCAUGUAAGGGACCACACUCCCAGCUAGGGACUGGCUUAAUUCCCACACCUCACUGAGAUUGGCUCUUCCUCCAGAUCCUCAUUCAGGCUACGCCAGAUGUCUAGUAACUUACUUCCAUGGGGAAAAUGUAGAAUAUUUUUCCUCUUUUCCCCUCUGAUGGUGUUUUUUGUUUUUUUUUUGCAUACAACAAGAUAACCCUUUCUCCAGGACUGAGGUUGGAUCAAGUUAAUGCAAUCUCAGUCCUCUGAAGACUAGCCUCUUUUCAGUUUUUCCAGUGCCUGAAGGGAUUUGGGUCCAGAUUAUGUAUUAUAUACAGUUGCCUGGAAUUGAGUUCUGCCCCCUCUUAGGAAAAAGCACCUUUGGAGACAGAAAAUUCUGCCUACUUUUCUGUUCUUUCCUCUCACUAGUGUUCUUUCUCCCUGUGGUUUCCAUGAAUAUAAUAAGGAAAGGCAGAAUUAAGUACAUCUAAUUUUCAUUGUAGGCUGCUCCAUCAUCAGUCUAUUCUGAGGAAAAGAAAAACAGCCACUGGAUUUUAGAAGCAUGCAUGUAACAUAUAUUUUGGCCUUAAUUCUUGCUAUUGAUCUCCAACUGUUACCAUCUGCUCACCUUUCUUUAGUUUCCCCCUGUUUCCCCCCUCAUUUGCUGGAUGUUCUCAUCUCUGCCAUCUGUGCCCCUCUUAACUCCUCUGAGCCUCCCAUUUUUCCCUUCCUGUGUAUAGUGAAUCGAUUUGCUGCUUAACUUGCAAAGGACCAUCUGGGACCAUAUCUUGCCAUAUGUAUAAUCAGUCUUUCCUCAUUUUCCCAUUUCUCCUGAUCAUGAUGUGAAGCUGCAUUCCUCUGUUUUGAGAGGAGACUGGAAUUGUGUGAGGAUGUGGGGGCACAAAGAGCCAUUCUGAACCAUCUCUUCUAUACAUGCUGCCCUUGCAGCUGGUCCCAUGUCCCCCACCUUGCACUUGAGAUUCCCACAGGCCUCUUCUGUCUUGCAUCCAUUUUGUCCCCUCAAUUCCUUUUAAUUUCUUUAGCCUCAAGUGUGAGAAGAUUUGUAUUUGUAUGUGUGUAUGUCUCUCUUGUGUGCUGGAUAUGGGGACAAGGAGACAAUUCUGUUCCUUUCCACUUGCUGCCACCUGCUGUAACUUAUUGUAACUUAUUAAUGAAGCAGGUUAAUUAUUUGUUGGCACUUCUGACAAUUAAUGAGGUUUGGGUGGGGGUUAGGCUGUGGAAUGAGUACAGGGCCCUGGGGCCUGUCCUGCAUUAGAGCCUUCCUUCCUUCUGAAGCCAGAUUUAUGGUUAAUGAUCUGUCUGUAACUCUAGGGGAAUGUGAGGGGUCAGCUCUCUCCACCCCACAACUGCUCAGUUGUCUCAAGAUAAUAAAUUCACUUAGUCUAGCCCUGGCUCUUGUCUGGUACCAUUGCUGCAGAGGAGGGGUGGGGUGGGGGACCAGGGGAGUAAAAUCCAGGCUUAACUCACACUAGUGAGAGGAAAGAGACAACAUUGAAUUCAGGAAAUGGAAACAAGAUUUUUU